AUGCGCCAGCGCGUCACUGGCCGAGGCGGCGGCGGCGGCGGCGGCGGCUCCUUUCAGCACCACGGAGAGCUCCCGUGGGCCGGCCGGGGCUGCGCGGCCAGGCAGGGGGCUGGAGGCCCGGGGGGGCGGCGAGGCAGGGCCCGGCCAGCACAGCCCGAGGCGGCGGGGAGGGGAGAGGGGCUGGCCGCCCCCAGCACCGGCGCGCCUCGCCCCUGCACGGAAGCGCGGCGGCGGCAGGCCAGUAGCAGCAGUACCAGCAGCAGCAUGGCGCUGGGCCUCUCCUCCAAGAAAGCCUCCUCCAGGAACAUCGCCGUGGAGAGGAAAAACCUCAUCACCGUCUGCAGAUUCUCUGUGAAGACUUUGCUGGAAAAAUACACCACAGAACCCAUCGAUGACUCCUCAGAAGAGUUUGUGAACUUUGCUGCCAUCUUGGAACACAUUCUCAGCCAUCGUUUCAAAGGGGAUCACGGUCCUGUCAGCUGGUUCAGCUCGGAUGGGCAACGUGGCUUCUGGGAUUAUAUCCGCUUGGCCUGUAACAAGGUCCCAAAUAACUGUGUCAGCAGCAUUGAAAACAUGGAGAACAUCAGCACUUCGAGAGCCAAGGGGCGUGCAUGGAUCCGCGUGGCUCUAAUGGAGAAGCGCAUGUCCGAGUACAUCGCCACAGCACUGCGGGACACAAGAACCACCAGAAGAUUCUAUGAUGAUGGGGCCAUUAUGCUAAGAGAAGAAUCCACAGUCCUCACGGGGAUGCUGAUUGGCCUCAGUGCCAUCGACUUCAGCUUCUGCUUGAAAGGGGAAAUCAUGGACGGCAAGACACCUGUGGUCAUUGACUAUACCCCGUACCUGAAGUUUACCCAGAGCUACGAUUAUUUCAGCGAUGAGGAGGAACGGCACAGCUUGGAGAGCAGCACCAGCGAGGACAGCUCCCCUGAACACCCCUACGUACCCCUGAUGGCUGUGGAAGACAGCUGGUACAACAAGUGGCGGAAGAUGGAGCAAAAGUUCCGCAUUGUGUACGCACAAAAGGGCUACCUAGAGGAGCUUGUUCGGCUCAGAGAGUCCCAGCUCAAGGACCUGGAGGCGGAGAACAAGCGAUUGCAGUUGAGGCUGGAGGAAGUGAAGGUGCAGAACCAACUUGAGAAACGGGAGCUGGAGGGCGUCAUCCUGGAACUGCAGGAGCAGCUGACGGGCCUCAUCCCCUCUGACAACAGCCAGUUUACCCAACUCUCCAAGGAAAUGGCUGCCCCUUUGGUGAAUCAGUGGCCUUCUCUGGGCACACUGAACGGCAACGAAGGUCGCUCAGAAGCCAAAAUGUACAGAAGGCACAGCUUCAUGAGCACUGACCAGCUCUCCGCAGAGAUCAGCCUGAGCUCCGAUUCGCAGCGACUGGGCGAGGGGAAGCGUGAAGGAGAGCCCUGGGGACCCCUGGGAAAGGAUCCGACUCCAUCGAUGCUGGGCCUCUGCGGCUCCCUGGCCUCCCUGCCCAGCUGCAAGUCCUUAGCCAGCCUAAAAUCCAACGAAUGUUUGGUGAGCGACAGCAUCGAACCCAGCCCUGCACACAGCCCCAGCUGAGAAGCCCAAGCACCAGUCUGACAAACCACGCGAGACACCCAAGGGGAGCAGAGGUUGCUGGAAGGCGGAGUGGACAACCGAACACCCCUUUCACACGAGGGCUGAAGUUGAGGGAAAGGGGCCAACUGACCUUUUUAUCCAGCCCGACGGUGCAGUCGGGCAACAAACCCGCAUUCUCCUCCGAGCAUUCUUCUAAAACACAGACUUCCUUCCGGGAUCUGGCA